CGCGGAUCCCAUCUGCCAGUACCGAUCUGAGGACGCGCACUGAUCCGGUGACCUGGCUGUUAUGAACCUCUUCCUCUCUCCACCGCGGCUGUCGAGAUGGUUCUGAAAGGGAUUCCCGCGGUGCUGUCUCCAGAGCUGCUCUACGCUCUUGCUAAAAUGGGCCACGGGGAUGAACUGGCUUUGUUUUCAGUUCUGGCCGACGUCAACUUCCCGGUGUCUUCUGUGUGUGGUCACGGUCCAAAGGAGAUAAGGGCUGACGGUCUGGGAAUCCCUCUACUUUUAGAAGCCAUUUUGAAACUUUUCCCUCUCGAUACUUUUGUUUCCUCUCCGGCUGCAGUGAUGGCCCUGGUUGAGGCAGACGUUAGGAGCGGUCUGGAAGUCCCUAUAUGGGGACGUUACAGCCAUCUUGUGAAUCAGGUUUUGCAGGAGCCGAAAUCCCUGGAACAAGUUGAGAUAUCCGCCUUCUAUCAGCGUGCUAAGAAAGCGUUUGCUGUUGUUGCCACAGGUGAGACGUCUCACUAUGGUAACCUGAUCUUGAAGAAGGGGAUCAUUCCCGCCGACCAACUGACGAAGUGAACGAGAAGCGUACGAGAUGAUCGCUCUGUCUUACUGCUUCUCUGUCUUACUGCUUCGCUGUCUUGCUGGUGCUCUGUCUUACUGCUGCUCUGACUUACAGCUGCUCUGUCUUACUGCUGCUCUGACUUACAGCUGCUCUGUCUUACUGCUGCUCUGUCUCACAUGCUGCUUUGUCUUACAGCUACCCAUCCCUUUCUUUGUGUGUCUGAGGAAGAUUGAUUUGAUUUUUCGUUGUCUGUGAUUGUGACAGUGAAUAUAUAUCUUUAUAACAAAAGGUGAAAUACAAUUUGAGUUGAAGGAAUUGUUAUUUAUAAAUAAAAAAACGUUAACGCGGAAAACAUCUUGUAUCUGA